AUGAAAGCAAUUUCUUUGAUUCUUAUUUCAUUAGCUGUGAUUGCUACAGUAAACGCUUGUACUGAUGCUCACGCUACUGCUGGUAAUGGAGGUACUUGUUUCUGUAAUGCUGGUUAUUAUGGUACUUCUACUGAUGUUAAUGGUGCAGGAUCUUGCCAAAAAUGCCCAGAUGGAACUACUUCUGCAGCUGCCACUACCUCAGGAACUCUUGUCAGCUCUUGCACUUGCAUCGAUGUUAAUGCUAUUCCCAAUGGUGCCAACACUGGCUGCGCAUGUAAGGAUAACUUCUAUGGUAAACCUACCAGUUCUGGUGCUAGUGGAUGUACUCCAUGCCCAACAGGAUCAAUUUCUACUUUUGGUUCAUAUUCUGUUGAUUAUUGCUUUUGCGUAGACUCAAAUUCUGUUAAAAAUAGUUCCAACACUGCAUGCUAAUGUAAGGAUAACUUCUAUGGUACACCUAACCCAACUAAGGGUGGUGCUACUGGAUGUACUGCAUGCCCAUCUGGAACAACCUCUACCGCUGGUACAACUGAUAUGUCUUCUUGCGCUUGCCCAGACACUAACGCUUCCCUUAACUCUGCUAAUCCUCCUGUAUGCUAAUGUAAAGCUAAUUUCUAUGGUAGCCCUACUACUUCUGGUGCUAGUGGAUGUACUGCAUGCCCUAAUGGAUAAACUGCUCCUGCUGGUUCUGCUAGUAAUGUUUGCAAAGCUUCAUCUUCCACAUACAUUUUACCCAUAGUUUCUUUGCUUUUCUCUUUACUUAUGCUUAUUUGA